CGGAUGGAAGGACGGGGGAGGGAAGGGAUGAAGGGAAACGCCACGAGGAAAGAAAAUAGGAUAUGAAAAGGGGCUUGUGCUAAGAGACCGCGAGGUGCAAGGUCGAAUAUGAGAGAUUGGUUGAACGGGGCACUUUGCGUGGUAAUAGCUGGUCGGCAAUAGUACUAUGAUUUGGUAUGUGGCCACUCUGAUAGCAAGUGUAUUCAGCACCAGAGGAACGGCCGCUCAAGGUGCCCACGGAGUGAGAGAGGAGCCCCGGUUUGUGACAGCGCGCGCUGGAGAGAGCGUGAUCCUGGGGUGUGACGUGUCCCCUCCCCUGGACGGCCAGCAGCCCCCCUAUGUGGUGGAAUGGUUCAGGUUUGGAGUGUCUAUUCCCUUCUUCAUCAACUUCCGCUUCUACCCUCCUCAUGUGGAUCCAGAAUACACUGGUAGAGCCUCUCUGCAUGGGAAGGCCUCCCUGCAGAUUGACCCAGUGCGCUCCGAAGACCAGGGCUGGUAUGAGUGCAGGGUCCUGAUGCUGGAGCAACAGUACGACACCUUCCACAACGGCAGCUGGGUGCACCUCACAGUCAAUGCUCCACCUUCAUUCACGGAGACGCCGGCACAAUACGUAGAGGCGAAGGAAGGGGGAAGCACUGCGCUAAGCUGCUCUGCCCAGGGAAAUCCAAAACCAAUGAUCAGCUGGCUGAGGGAGGGGGAGGAGCUUGCAACCAACGCAAAAUACUCGGUACACGAUGGCAGACUAACCAUCCUUGGCAUCACCAGAGAUGACAGAGGGGCGUACACAUGCCGAGCCUACAGCGACCAGGGAGAAGUGCUCCACACUACCCGUCUGUUGGUUCAAGGGCCUCCAUACAUCGUUUCACCACCAGAAAAUGUCACUGUAAACAUAUCCCAGAAUGCACUCUUUACCUGCCAAGCAGAGGCAUAUCCAGGCAACCUCACCUACACCUGGUUUUGGGAAGAGGACAACGUCUACUUCAAGAACGAUCUGAAGCUCCGAGUGCGCAUUCUCAUCGACGGCACCCUUAUCAUCUUCCGGGUCAAGCCGGAGGAUGCUGGGAAGUACACCUGCAGUCCAAGCAACAGUCUCGGUAUCUCGCCCUCAGCAUCAGCCUACCUGACUGUUCAGUACCCUGCCCGAGUGAUCAACAUGCCCCCGGUCAUCUACGUUCCACGGAAACUGCCAGGCAUCAUCCGCUGCCCGGUGGAUGCAAACCCACCUGUGACAUCAGUGAAGUGGGAGAAAGAUGGAUACCCACUCCGAGUGGAGAAAUACCCCGGUUGGAGCCUGAUGCCAGACGGAAGUAUCCGGGUGGCGGAGGCCACAGAAGACUCCCUGGGCACCUACACCUGUGUGCCUUACAACGCCCUGGGUACCAUGGGCAUGUCCCCCCCUGCCACUUUGGUGCUAAAGGAUCCCCCUUACUUUAAUGUGAGGCCUGGGGGGGAGUACCGUCAGGAGGCUGGGAGAGAGCUAGUAAUCCCCUGUGCUGCUUCUGGAGACCCUGAUAUACCAUCUAUCACCUGGAGAAAGGUGGGGAAGCCAAGCAGGAGUAAGCACAACAUCCUACCCAGUGGCAGCUUACAGUUUGUGUCCCUCAGCAAAGAAGACCAUGGAGAAUGGGAGUGUGUAGCCACAAAUGUGGUCACAAGCAUCACUGCCAGCACGCGUAUCCUAGUCAUCGGCACCAGCCCACACGCUCCUGGCAAUAUCCAUGUACUGCCCUUAACAACCUCUGCUAAUGUGUCCUGGGAACCAGGUUAUGAUGGCGGCUUCGAACAGACAUUCUCUGUGUGGUAUGGUCCAGUGUCAAAGAAAAUAGACUUCGGUCCUCAUGACUGGCAUUCGAUGCCAGUUUCUGGUGCUCAGACCUGGUUGGUGGUGCCAGGGCUGGAGGCUGGGACAGAGUACCAGUUCAGUGUGUUGGCUCAAAACAAACUGGGCACGGGCCCAUUCAGUGAAGUUGUGACAGUCACCACUGCAGGCUCUCCUCUGGGUACCCCAGAACCACUGGUGCUUCUUACUCCACCACGGUGCCUCACAGCCAAUCGCACGCAGCACGGUGUCCUCCUCACGUGGCUCCCUCCAGCCAACCACUCCUCGCCCAUCGACCGUUAUAUCAUGGAGUUUCGCCUCGGGGAGAGGUGGGAGGUUCUGGAUGACUUAAUCCCUUCAACUGAGACCGAGCUCAUAGCCAGAGACCUUGUUCAGGAGUCCUGGUAUGAAUUUCGAGUAAUGGCCGUUAUGGAUGACCUGAUCAGCGAGAGCAGCAAUGUUGUGGGAGUUUCUAGCACAGAUCCCUUCCCUGCUCCAGAGUUGCCCGAUGAGGGUUUGGCGCGGCCUGUGGUGGCAGGGGUUGUGGCAACUAUCUGUUUUCUGGCAGCGGCGGUACUGUUCAGCACUCUAGCAGCUUGCUUUGUCAACAAGCAACACCGUCGCAAACUCAAGCGCAAACCAGAUCCUCCCUUGUCGGUGACACACUUCAGGAAAAGCAUUGAGUCGCCGUUAUCAUCGGGGAAGAUAAGUCCAGAGAGCUCCCCUCCAUCUCGGCCCCGCUCUCUUUCGUCAGAGGGUUCCCAAGGUCCGGGCCUGUAUGUCAGGAAGCUGCCAAGCCCUCAGAGAGAAAAAGAAAAAGAGCUCUCCUUCUACAAGAAAACCAAGCGUGCCAUAGCCAGCAAGAAAUACAGUGUGUCCAAACAUGAGGCAGAGGUCACCACACCUAUUGAGCUGAUAAGCCGUGGCCCCGAUGGCCGCUUCGUCAUGGAGACCAGCCCACCUCCCCGCCGCAUCCAGGGCUUCCCCUUCGCAGAGGAGUCUGACAUGUACCCUGAGUUCCGGCAGUCCGAUGAGGAGAAUGAUUUUGACCCAGGGCCUCUGCCGCCCAUCAUGCCCACGCUGCGGCCCCAGCUCUCCCCAACGUCCUCGAGCCUGGAGUCAACGCAGCCCCCCACCUACAGCCCCCGCCUACACAGGCCCAUGGAAGGUAUGAGCUUUGCAGAGGGCAGUGCACUUCACGCCUCAGGGCAGGCCCCGGCCUCCCGCUACAGGGGCUUUCCCCAGGGCCCAUUCUAUGGGUAUCUAGGCAGCCGCGUUGAAUCAGGGAUUCCACCACCAUUCUACAUGCCUGACAUCAGCCCACGUAGCUCCGCUCUAUCCUCACCCCCAGGCACCGCCGAGGGGCCCUUUGGUUACCCCUCCAUCCCCGAGGAGAGUGGAGAGAUGGAGCACCAUCAGUACACUGCCUCUGGCCAUUCUCUGUCUCACACACACAGCCCUCCUCCUCGCUCACCCGAAAGCUGGCAGCCUCAUGAGUUACCCUUCCUGGGUCUAGAAGGUCCACGGUUCAUAUAUCCACCUCACCAUCCGUUACAUCACCCCCAGGACCUCCCUGACCCACCCCCAUAUCCUCCUCACUCUCUCCCUCCCAGUCGCCUGCACCUCCCACACCUAAAGGAUCCAACAAGCCCUGGACUCCUGCAGCUGGAGGUUCCUGUGGCUCCCCCAGGCAGAGACAGGCCCCCAGGGCCUCCGGUUAGGCGUUUAGCUAUGCAACAGGCCCAGAGUCUCGGCCAGCUCAGACACACGGCCCACGGUGUGGGUGUACCAGUGUUGCCUUACCCUGACCCGGCAGUCCGUGCAGGGAGCCCAAGCACAGCCCCCAGUAGUAGCCCUCAGUCCUGGCUCAGCCCGAGGGCGGGGCGCCGGGCAGACCCCAGCCUACCCCCGCUAGUACUCCAACCCUCCCGCCUCUCUCCACUCUCCCAGAGCCCACUUAGCACCCAGCCGGGUUCCCCAGAUAUUCUUGUAAGGCCUCCUCCACGCCCCAGCAUCCUCCGCACCUCUCGGUCUCUGGAGAUGCCUGAGAUCACCCUGCAGCCCUCGGCUACUGUCAGUUUCUCUCGGAGGUCCUCCCUGACCGCCUCUCCUACUCAGAGCCAGGGCGCCAAGCAACCCAGCCCCAGUUACCACGCCCACAUGUCCUAUGCCUCCACUGCAGCCAGUUACCCCUCCCAAUCCCCCUCUCCCCCUCCGGAGGGCAGGGAUGUUUUCGGGCAGAGGCCAUCCCAGAGAAGGACAGAGGAGGAGAUGCUACCCUCAGAGCCCUCCCAGCUCCAGAUAUCAGCCUCAGGGGAACCUCUAGGUGCGUCUAGCGAUACUGCCGGGUCUGAGAGCUUACCAGCACUGCUACAACACUGUAUUACUAAAGCCAAGGGAGUGGCUGCCAACAACAAUAACAACACAACCUCCGGAAGGAGAACAGGUGCGUCUCUCUCUCAGACCCAGCAGCAAUCUCAGACACCCCAAGAGGGAGAGGAUCUUAACCUCCCGAGAAAGAGGAAAAAGCAAAACAAGAAGAACCCCUAUCUCUAUUUGACCUCCUUCCUGCGCCGCAGGCAGUUCGAGGAGGACCAGACAGGCAUUCUGGCCAGUGCAGACUCAGAGGGCCCAAAUUAUGGGACUCUACGCUGACCCGUGUGCCCAACAAGCCAUUGGACUCGACUAAACUGACCACCCCUGAGAAAUCCCACCUCAGCACGUCCUGCUCUACCCAAAUAUCAAACGAAUACCUUUCUUAUAAUCCUUAAAAAGUUAAUCUGCGUUUCGGGGAGUGGGAAACAUUGAGCUGAAUACUCCGGGGUUGGAAAUCUUAUCUGAAGACAAGAACAAUGGCUUUUCCGGGUUGUCACCGCAACUUGUCUUUGAGGAAUUUCACUUGAAAAUGCUCUGAAAAUAUAUAAUGUAUAUAAAUAGUAAAACAAGGGAAUUAAGCUUCCUCCUACAGUAAUAAAAAAAUGUGUUGGUUGAGUAUGUCACAACACGUUCAAGAUUUUUCACUCACUGGUCAUUGAGGGGUCCAUAUCUUUAGGUUUUUCAGUGAUACAGCGUACUGUUAAGCCUGGUGCGUCCUCGGACAGGGACAUGAGUCUACCUUUCCUACAAUACAAAUAGAUUCAGUAUUUAAACACAGGGUUCUUACCACAAAUAUACCUCAGAGUAAACGCAGAUUUGCUGUAAUUCUUGUGGUAUACUGUACGUACUUGACCUUUUUACAUAUGGAUAAAAAGGUUUAUAUCACACGCCACUCUCAUUCUCUCAAACGGAUAAUAUGGCCUAACUUUAUCUACUUUAGAAGCUUUUUAUUACCAGUAAAAGCUAGCAUAUUGUGUUUGUUUUGAUUUGUGACCCGAUGCCAACAAUUAGAGGACGGUGUCUUCAUUUUACUGCGCGAUGGUUCAAGUGUGUUUACAUCACUGCGGCGCUGCGUUAAGACAAAGAUCAUAGCCUUCACCAGAUCGCUCAAACUAACUUGGGACUCAAAUGCUCAGCGGAGGUUGGACUUGAAGGGUCAGAGGGACGGGGGUGACAAAUUGUGAACUGUACUGUAUGUAUUUCAUUAUUAAGGAAAUCAUUUGUGAAACGCGGCACAGCUCGAGGUGCCUUUUUGUUUUUGCCUUGUUUUUAUCUGUGUUUGCUUAUUUUUUCGAACAUAAACUGCCUUUUUCUUCGCCUUCUCACGCUUCUCUCACUGUAGGAGUGAGGGAAUCCGAUAGCGUGUGUGUGUGUGUGGUUUUACUUUCUCUGCCAAGGACUCACGAGAGAAAUCGCUACGGAAGAUGCAUAAACACUCGUUUUGUUUUCUUUUAACAUGGGCUCGUGCUUCAACUGUGUAUAUCCAAAUAAUAGGAUAGAACCAGAUUAAAACCUAUGAAAAGCUAUUUUUAAAAAUAGUCAGAUUGGGAGGGAAAAAAGGCAAAUAAAUCGACACAUUUUUGCACUGUACAUGCAAAAGAUUUGAUGCAAAAAUAACCAAGCAGUACAGUGAGGAUGUUAAUGUUUAGCAGCAGCUCUUAGAGGAGAAUGUGAUUGUUUCUAAAGCUGUUAACAAGCAAUGGGAAAUAUUCAAACGACGGCCACAUUGACUGUUUAUCUUUAACAACUGUAUAUUACUUGCUAGCUACUUCUCUGCGUGUUUGUUGAUUUUUCGACACUAACCGAUAUUGAAUGUAUGUUUUGCUGUACAGGAAAUGAAUGUCCCAAUGUCACAGAACAUUGAAUGACCCGUUAUUAUUGCUUCUAGUGUAGCUGAGAUUGGUGAGGUGACCAGUUGGCGCAUCAAGUCCAAAUUCCUGUAUGCAGUCCCACACAGUUUCUGAGCCAAGUCCCCGCUUUGAUCUGCAGAAGAGGAAAAGCAGUUAUCAUCGUAUUGUCACCGAGACAUAUCAAACAGUUUUUUCUCCCCCACCUCCUAAUAACGACUCAAAGGUUUUCCAGCUAAAAAAAAAAUCCGCGCGAAUGACUCGACGUGACGUCUGCUCGCUGAGAUCUUUUGACGAGCGAGAAAGCGGUGCUUGCCUGAAAGCGAGCGUCAAAGUGCAUAUUCUACUUUAAAAGAAAUUGGUUUCGUGUAAGAUACGAGGAAAAAAAAAUCUAUAUUUGUUAUGUACUGUACAUGGUGUGUAUUGUAUUUGUAAAGAUGACGCAAACCAUGUUUUACAGGAACACGUUCUUGUAUGAGGAUGUAUGAAAAGGAUCCCACGGAAAAAGAAAUUAGAUUAUAUAUAAAAGUAUUUGCUUACAGUACGGCUUUAAGUGGAUAAUGUUUUUAAAACAUUUUAAGGUGCCUAAUUUGUCACACUUUAGCAGACGUUAUUUUAUCUGAGAAGAAAAGAAAGGUUCAUGUUAGUACCGUACAGUGUGUUAUUGCCAUAGCCCGCUGGCUGCACAAGUUGAGUAGUAUUCUCUCUGAUGUAUAGUACGUGAAUGCCCAUUGGAAAAAGCUUUAGGAGCAGAAGUGUGUUGCCCUCUACUAUAAUAUUUCUGGAACAAAGUAAUCCUGUAUUUCGCCCGUUCACGAGCACACAUGUAGAUUCACUCCAGAUCUCUUCGCCUUCACGUGUCCAAAGCAAAUAAACUUUUUUUCUAAGAGUCGAGGACAUGCUAGAGUCCUGUACAAUACGUGCUGUGGAGGAAAUUGUGUUUACAUUAGUUCGAUGACGAAACGUGUGUUAGGGCAUAGUUGCUUUGAACAUUACGACUUGGUGCUAUGUUUAACUUUGUGGUGCUGUAGAAUAGAGGUCUGAAGAUUUUUUCCGUUCCCUGUUUCCACAAGCGACUCCGUCGGCCCCUGGUGUUUUUGAGCAACUAGACACUCUAGGCCCUUUUCGUUAACGGUAUCAUGGUGUGAAGACAGUAAUAGACAAUACUGGAAACUAGUAGUGUAACCUCAAAUAAUAGAGACUUGUGACAUUCAGAUGAACUCAAGACGACUUGUUUUCUAUAGCGUGUUUGCAAUGUCUGUCUGUGCUUCCAAGGUACCCUCUCUAAACUAUGUUUGUGCUGAUUUUGAGACUAUUAACCCAGCCUAAAAGGAGAAACAUAACCUAAUUUAGAUUAGUACACGCCACAGGACACAUGAGAAGGAAUCCGAGAGCAUCAGAUCACGAGGGGAUCUUUUCUACACACUUCCUGUAGGUCUUUGGUUAACAGCACUGUUUUUCAAGCACACUACUGCAGGGGCGCUACCGUCUCAUGUCACACCACCUUUUUUCAAGGUAGAAUUGCUACUAGUACUGUACAGUAUAGCCAUGGGUAGUCACCAGUCCACAUUUGUAAUUAUCCUCCUCGUAGAAAGGAAUCGGGAAAGCUCAUACAUCCUCCUCCUCGUGGGUUUUUAAGAAUGGAUGUUGUCUUCCGGGCUUUUUUUCCCCCCUCUCUUUUGUUUUCCUUGCAUCUUCAACAGAAACAUGUACAGUGUUUAAGAGGGCUGCUUUGGAUGUACUGUUAGCUCAUUUCUGUUUGUUUUUUGAUUCGUUUGUUUUCUCUCAGUUUUUCUGCUUACAGCUUUUAGUGCAUCACUAGGUGCUGGUAGGAUGAUACUUAGAAGAGAUUUGUUUUUUUCCUUUCGUUUUUUUAAAUUGUAUUAAUCUUGCAUGUAGAGACAAUACAAAAACGCCUAUUUAGCAAUCAUUCAUGGACAUCCGAGCUGGUUGUUAUUGGACGGAAAAUAGAAAUAUGUAGUAUUUUCUAUAUUCUCUGUUUUUGUGUACCAGCACUGAGAACUAGAAUGUAUUAUUAUCGUAGGCUACAAUAAGCACUACAUCGUUGACUGUUUUAGCUAAUGCUCAUACUCAAGCAAACCAAGUAGUGCUUAAUUAAAGGAAGAAAAUUUACUACAUUUCAUUUCACUUCCAUCCACUGAACUCUGUGCUGUACAUCACAUGUUUACAUGCUGUAUUAUAUGUUUUUAUUUUGUUUUUUUUAUGUGCAUAAUCUGUCUCCAUAAUGUUCAUAUGUAAAUAAUUCAAAGCAAAAACAUUUGUCUGUUUUUUUUUUAACUUUUCCAAUUUUUUUUAAAAACAAUAACCUGAUGUUUCUGUUUUGUUUUUGGUCAGUUUUUUAGACUUGUCUUUCUUUUCUGUCAUCGCAUCAGGUAUUUAUGCUUCACUUAACUUUUUGUGAGCAAUUAACUCAUACUGUAUGGUGCUGUACCAAAGCCUUAUGUAUAAUAUUUGUAUUACUUUUUUUCUCAUUUGCCACUGCUCUCCAGUGAAUUCGUCUCAGAUCAUGUCUUACUCACUCUUCAUGUUCAACUGCCAUGGAUCUUGUUUCUUUAUUGAGUAAAACUGAAACCUGAAUGAACUAUGAUGUAAAAACCACCCUGGGCCGUUACCAACUGGCCUUGGAUGUACAGCGGCAGUCGUUGCCAUCUCAAGCCUUUAUAGGGAAAACGCACAGGCUCACUUCCGGUGGCUCGUCAUGACGUAGGCAUGGGCUUAGCACAUGCUCUAUGCUCUAUCUAUGGCAUGUCUGUGAGAAUAUGAAAGCAGUGUUGUGUUCAUGUCACCAUAUCAUUUCAAACGUUUAGUCCCAUAUGAAAUUUU